CAGAGAUUGGACAUGAGAAGAACGGCGCCUUGGCUACAAAAUAAGCAGUGAAACCUGCAGAUCAGCGUUGAAAUGUCCCUGCAGAGGAUCACACACCUCCCCUCUGGGAGGCUGCUGAGCACCAUCCUCCACCACCAGCUGCUUCUCCCCUCCAUCAUUCCUCUCACUGUGCCCAAAAGAGCUGUGAUCCAGGGUGAAUACAGACGACCCGGCCAGCCCAAAAAGACCAAGUUUGCCUGGCAAAAGAUUAACUUUAAUUUCUCAAAAGGUUUGGAGGGGAUAAAGAAGCAUUUCACACUCCUGAAAAAGGAGUUUACUGACCGCUGGGUUGGCCCUGAGGGUAAACCGAUUAUUGAGCACAUGCUGGAGCAGAACAGAGUUGUAUGGGAGUUCAGAGGUCCAGAGAGCCUGAGGGAGUGGACGGUGUCCUCUGAUCGUGAGAUUGGAGGCCAUAGUGAAGCUUACCUGAAGCUGGGAAGGAACAAUAAUACCUGUUUUCUGUACGGGACACUGAGCUCUACUCCCCCACGAGAUGGAGAAACACGCUACAGUGGAUACUGCACUAUGCGCUCAAAGCAGCCUCUGGCUUCCUUUGAUAGAAAAAAACACCAUGAUUGGAGCAGUUUUAACACUCUGCAAUUACGUGUACGUGGUGAUGGUCGCCCAUGGAUGAUUAACGUCUCAGCAGAAACCUACUUCUCUCACCAGAAGGAUGACAUAUACUGUUAUUUCCUAUAUACCAGAGGAGGGCCCUACUGGCAGGAUGUUAAGAUACCUUUCUCUAAGUUCUUCCUUACACAUCGAGGGAGGGUACAAGAUGACCAGCAUCCUGUCUGGCUGGACAAGGUUAACACCAUUGGGUUUACUUUGGGAGACAAAGCUGAUGGCCCAUUCCAGCUUGAAAUUGAUUUCAUUGGUGUUUGCAAAGAUUAUGCACACACAGAGGAGUUUGCCUAUGAAGCAUACAAGAGGAACCCAGAAGUCUAAGAACGGUUAAUGUUAAUGUCAUUACAGAUUUCAAACUAUUAAUAUUAAUGACUUGUGCAGACUGUUUAUUAUUAAAUGAUGUAUUAAAUACCACAAGAGAACAAAUAAAAAAGACAAGAUCUUGGGUCAAUAACUCUUUUAUGAGUGCCUCAAUUCUAGCAAAAGUAAUAAAGCAAAUGAAAAUUUUAAUUAGCAGUUUCAAAAUGCAGCAAAACAGGACAGACUUCAAAUCACAUCAAAAUAUUCUUUUAAAAAAAAAAGGACUAGUUUGAGCUAAAAGUGUUUAAAAGACAAGCAGGAUUUGAACCUCAAAGACGCUGGACAGUAUAUGUAAGCUUCUACUUUUCUAUAGGGGCUACAAAAUGCUGAAACUGAAGCUGCAGACAAUGAAAUAUUUACACUUCAACAGGUUGUACAAACGGCCACGAGCAGGCGCAAUAUUUUUAUGCCAUGACAAGGCCUCUUCUUGCCCCAAGCAUACUUUCUUUCUUCUGCUUCCGAUCUUGUAUCUGCUUUGCUCUCCUGCCCUCCCUAAAAUAAGAUUAAAGAUAUUCAGAGAUGUUGCAUGAGCAAACUGCAAUGGGAGAAUUUUCAGCGUCAAUUAAAAACCUACCUUGACUGGACUUUGUGCUGUUUGUAAGCUUCCUGGUGCGGAUUUGAGAUAGACUUGUUCAUGGCCAUGUUUUCUUUGACAUCUUCAAAUGGCUUCAGUUUACCUAUGUAUAAAAUAAAUAACUCAAUGCUA